AUGGACAGAACAUGGGGCAUGAAAAGCAGGCGCGCCGCGACAGGCGGCAACAGGCAGCAGACGGGAGAAGAGGAGGGGGCAGAAGCCACCAGGGCGACAGAGGGAGCAGCAGGAGGAAGGCCAAGAGAGCGCCGGACGGGAGAGGGGCCGCCGCAGGCAGACCCGCCAGCAGCACAGGGUGGGGGGAGGGCAGCAGCAGCAGCCCGCCGCGGGGCCGGGGCCACCGGGGAAGCGCGGGAAACCCGCGCCCCAGGAAAGACGGGCAAUGCCAGGAGGCGUCGCAGCGCAGGAAGCGGCGACGAGGGGGAGGCCGCCGCCAGCGGCACGAGUCCGGAGAAGCAGCCCACGGGCAGCCACCACGCCCAGGGAGGCGAGAAGUACAGCGGCCAAAACAGAAGAAGCAGGGAAGACACAGAGAAAAAGAACAAGGGAACGGGCGGGGGCAGAGGGGCCGAUCCGGACGUUGACAGCAGAAGAAAGCCGGAGGCGGGCAGGGGAACACGCGAGAGAGGUGGAGCCGCGGAAAAUCGACAUGAGAAGGGAGAAGGGCAUGGGCGCCAAGAGCGCAGGGAAGCCGCUCGCGCAAGCAGCGGAAGUCAGCACCGCCCGCCAACCAGGGGGAAAGCCGCGGGACGCAGAGGCCGCACAACCGGCAGGGAGGAGCACAACAAGGGCGAGGAGACAGUGGAGCAAGGAAAAAACGAGAAGAGGAGAAAAGAAGAGGAAUACUGGCAGCAACAGGGUAAGAAUGAGGCGGAGUCCGCGAACGGUGCCUGGCGGAAGGAACGGCCAGAGGAGACGCACCUGCGACCGGCGUGGCCAUGA